CAACGUCGCCAUAUUGUCAUGUCAGGUUAUUGAAUGUGGUGAAAAGUGAAUGCAGUUUCUUGAUUGUAUUGUUAAAACAAGGAAGAUUGUGUUAAUUAAACUCCUGUGUCUUUAAUACUAAGGCGCAGGGUGCAACGCUGCAUCCGUUGAAACAUGAGCUAUCAGAUACCAUCAUCACAGAGCCGCACAAUGUCGCAUAGCAACUAUGGUGGAUCUGAUGUGCCAAUGGCUCCCAGCAAGGAGCAGCAGACCCUCAUGUGGCAGCAGAACUCCUACUUGGUGGAUUCUGGCAUCAACUCUGGUGCCGCCACUCAGGUGCCAUCACUUACUGGCAAGGAAGAUGACGAGAUGGAAGGCGAUCAACUCAUGUUUGAUCUUGACCAGGGCUUUGCCCAAGGUUUUACCCAGGAACAAGUUGAUGACAUGAACCAGCAGCUCUCGCAAACGCGCUCUCAGCGUGUGCGCGCGGCGAUGUUCCCCGAAACACUGGAGGAGGGCAUCGAGAUCCCCUCCACACAGCUGGACCCAGCACAACCCACUGCUGUUCAACGCUUGGCUGAGCCCUCGCAGAUGCUCAAACAUGCUGUUGUGAACUUGAUUAAUUAUCAAGACGAUGCUGAUCUUGCUACCAGGGCUAUCCCUGAGUUGAUCAAGCUCUUGAACGAUGAAGACCAAGUAGUAGUCUCUCAAGCUGCUAUGAUGGUGCAUCAGCUCUCUAAGAAAGAAGCUUCCCGACAUGCGAUCAUGAACUCGCCACAGAUGGUCGCCGCUUUAGUGCGAGCAAUUUCCAACAGCAAUGAUCUCGAAACCACUAAGGGAGCUGUUGGAACUUUGCAUAACUUGUCUCACCACAGACAAGGGUUGCUCGCUAUCUUCAAGAGUGGAGGCAUUCCCGCUCUGGUGAAACUACUGAGCUCUCCUGUUGAGUCUGUGCUCUUCUACGCGAUCACAACUCUCCAUAAUUUAUUGCUGCAUCAAGACGGAUCGAAAAUGGCCGUUCGCCUUGCUGGAGGGCUUCAAAAGAUGGUUGCGCUAUUGCAGAGAAACAAUGUGAAGUUCCUCGCGAUUGUCACUGAUUGUCUUCAGAUCCUCGCGUAUGGAAAUCAAGAGUCGAAACUUAUCAUACUCGCUUCUCAAGGUCCGAUCGAAUUGGUGCGAAUCAUGCGCUCGUACGAUUACGAAAAGUUGUUGUGGACUACAUCUCGUGUACUUAAGGUGUUGUCAGUGUGCUCAAGCAACAAGCCAGCUAUUGUGGAAGCCGGUGGUAUGCAGGCUCUUGCUAUGCACCUUGGUAACCCAAGUGGCCGUCUCGUCCAGAACUGCCUCUGGACUCUGAGGAAUCUUUCUGAUGCUGCUACCAAGCAGGUGGAUGGUCUUGAAAAUCUGCUCCAAAGCCUUGUGCAAGUGUUGGCUUCAACUGAUGUUAACAUUGUUACUUGUGCUGCUGGCAUACUUUCCAACUUGACUUGCAACAACCAACGUAACAAGGUGACAGUAUGCCAAGCGGGCGGCGUGGACGCACUCGUCCGUACCGUGGUCUCGGCCGGCGAUCGCGAAGAGAUCACAGAACCCGCGGUGUGUGCCCUGCGGCACCUCACCUCGCGCCACGUGGAGAGCGAGAUGGCGCAGAACGCGGUGCGCCUGCACUACGGGCUGCCGGUGAUAGUGAAGCUGCUGCAGCCGCCGUCGCGCUGGCCGCUGGUGAAGGCGGUGGUGGGGCUGGUGCGCAACCUGGCGCUGUGCCCGGCCAACCACGCGCCGCUGCGCGAGCACGGCGCCGUGCACCACCUCGUGCGCCUGCUGCUGCGCGCCUUCAACGACACGCAGCGGCAACGCUCAUCAGUAUCGGGCGGCGGAGGUACGGGCGGCGCGUACGCAGACGGCGUGCGUAUGGAAGAGAUAGUGGAGGGGGCUGUGGGAGCACUGCAUAUACUGGCCCGUGAGAGCCUCAACCGUGCGCUGAUACGUCAGCAGAACGUCAUACCGAUAUUCGUGCAACUGCUGUUCAACGAGAUUGAGAAUAUACAGCGUGUGGCCGCUGGAGUGCUUUGUGAGCUGGCUGCAGAUAAAGAAGGUGCUGAGAUGAUAGAAGCUGAAGGUGCCACCGCUCCACUCACAGAACUGCUGCAUUCUCGGAAUGAAGGCGUAGCGACGUACGCGGCGGCGGUGCUGUUCCGCAUGUCGGAGGACAAGCCGCACGACUACAAGAAGCGGCUGUCCAUGGAGCUCACCAACUCGCUGUUCCGCGACGACCACCAGAUGUGGCCCAACGAUCUCGCCAUGCAGCCCGAUUUGCAGGACAUGCUCGGGCCUGAGCAAGGCUAUGAAGGAUUGUAUGGUACGAGGCCAUCAUUCCAUCAACAAGGCUACGACCAAAUACCGAUAGACUCGAUGCAGGGGCUGGAGAUCGGCAGCGGGUUCGGCAUGGACAUGGACAUCGGGGAGGGUGAAGGGGCCGCUGCUGCCGAGUUAGCGUUCCCCGAGCCGCCGCAUGAUAAUAAUAAUGUGGCUGCGUGGUACGAUACUGAUUUGUAGGGCGACGUGUAGUAGGGAGGUAGUGUGCAUACUGGCUGGUUAGUGUGCUGUGGGUACACUGGUUGGUUAGUGUGCUGUGGGUAUGGGGUAGUUUGCAUACUGAGUUAAGUGUGCUGUGGUUAUAGGGCAGUGUGCACACUGCCUUGUAUUGUGCAUAUUAAUAUGUCGUGUACGCUGUGAUUAUGGGGAAGUGUGCAUACUGACUAGUAGUGUACUCUGUGGGUAUGGGGUUUAACCCAUGCACUCUAGUGCAUACUGACCAGUUUGAGUCACUACACAAGUCAGUUUUACUGUUCGUUGACUUGUAUUGUGAUUUGUGAAUAUAUACUUUUUUGUGCCAACUUGUAGUACACUAUUGUAGGCAGAGGCGGCUCGCCCUAAGGAGCGCUGGUGCAGUGAACUCCCAUAAAUAAUUAUAAUAAAAUCAUGCUCCUUAAUUUCAUUAUUAAUUUAUUAAUAUUAAUUAUUACUAUUUAAAAUCAAUCGUAAUCGUAAAAAACUACUGGCAAUACCAAUGAAAAUAUCCAUCAUUCCAUCAUCCCAUACACCUGUAGGUAUAAUACUGUAUUACAUAACGCGCGUAGCGGAGCGCUCACGAUUGCGCUCCAAUGAAAAAAUAUUUAGUACAUUUCCUAAUACGAAAUCCAAUAGGAGUGAAAGAGAUAGUUUGUCAGAGUCCUGCGCGUGAAACAGAAGAUUUUCUAUGAAAAAAUAGCAAAAUUCGGAGCGCCGCUCCCGCAAACGUUGCCGGUUCGUUUUUACCGCGCGCCCGGGUGCCCGUACACAAGACAGGGAUUG